AUGUCUAAAAGCCCACAUGGACAUUGGGUCUCUUCUCGGUCUCUGGAACUUAUCGACGCUCGCCGGCAUAUCCCGGCUGGAAGCGAACACAAUGAAACUCGCAACGAGCUCCGGGCAAAACUCCGUGCUAGCCUGAAGAGAGACCGCGAAUCUUGGUGGUCUCAUCGUGCAUCAGAGAUGGAAGUGGCCGCUGGCCUUGGCAACCAUCAAGUCGAACGUGAGAUCGGGCUGUUGAAGUUGAACAAAGCCGCGGGACCAGAUGAUCUUCCUCCAGCCCUCUUCAAAUUCGGAGGCCCUGCUCUUGUGGAUGCUUUGCAUGAAUUACUAGUGAAACUGUGGGAGCAGGAGACUGUCCCAACCGACUGGAGCCGCUCCGUUAUUGUUCCCAUCUUCAAAGGCGGCUCGCGCUCGGAAUGCGGCAACCAUAGAGGAAUCAGUCUGAUCUCCAUCGCCUCCAUAAUUCUUCACAGACUGACUGGCGCUCGUGAAAGCCAGAUUCGUGAAGAGCAAGCCGGGUUUCGUCGUGGUCGUGGCUGCAUUGACCACAUCUUCACUUUGCGUCAGUUGUUGGAGCACCGCCACACAUAUUGCCGGCCCACCGUAGUCGUGUUCCUCGACAUCAAAGGUGCCUUCGAUUCGGUUGAUCGAUGUGCCCUUUGGAAUUGUCUACUCAGGAAAGGUGUGCCCGAGAAAUAUGUAAAUAUUAUCCAAGCAUUAUAUGCGCGUAGCACGGGCAGAGUGAGGGCUUACGGCAAGCUGUCGCCACCCUUUAAUAUCUCCAGCGGUGUGAGACAAGGAUGUCCGCUGUCACCUUUCCUCUUCAACUUCGCUAUUGACGAAGUCAUGGAGUUUGCACUUACAGGACAUGACUUGGAAGGUGUGGAGCUACUCCCAGGAGAACGACUUCUUGACUUGGAGUAUGCUGACGACAUUGCCCUCAUCUGUGACAGCUCCCAGACGUUCCAAGCCGCGCUAGACAGAUUAGCACUGGCUGUCAGCCGCUUCGGGCUUUGCUUUGCACCAUCGAAGUGCAAAGCGCUCCUCCAAGAUUGGCAGGGAUCGCCUCCUGCGCUGACCCUUGGUAGGGAUCAGCUAGAAGUCGUUCAGAAAUUCAAUUACCUGGGAAGUUGUAUCAGCGCCCUUGGGAUCGAAGACGAGAUCACGAACCGUAUAGCGAAAGCUCGAAGUGCUUUUGCUAACCUUCGCCACCUUUGGCGGCGGCGCGACAUCACUCUCGCCCUGAAGGGUAGAGUGUACAAUGCAGCGGUACGUUCGACCUUACUGUACGGUUGCGAAACCUGGCCCAUAAGAUCGGCGGACAUGAAGAGGCUAGUUACGUUCGACCAUCGGUGCCUUCGCAGUUUGGCUCACAUAUGGUGGGAACAUCGCGUCAGUAACGAGCGUGUUCGACGCAUUGUUUACGGCUCAGGAAAAGGAUCUGAACCGCUCAGCACCGUUAUUUCCCUCACCAGGCUCCGAUGGCUCGGGCACGUGUUACGCAUGCCAGCCCACCGACUCCCUCGACGUGCGUUGUUUGCUCACCGGGGAUGGGGGAGGGGAGGGGUGAGUGGGGGUGGGGGUGAGGGUGGGGGGGGGAGAGGGGGGGGGGGGGGUGCGGAGUGUUUGGGGUGGGUGGGGGGGGGGGAGGGCGGGGGGGGGGGUUGGGGGGUGGGGGAGGGGGGGGUGAGGGGGGGGUGUGGGGGGGGGGGUGGGGGGGGGUGGGUGGGGGGGGGGGUGGGGGGGGGGGGGGGGGGGGGGGUGGGUGGGUUGGGGGGGGUGGGGGGGUGGGAGUGGGUGGGGGGGGGGUGGGGAGGGGGUGUGGGGAGGGGGGGGGGGGGGUGGGGGGGUGGGGGGGGGGGGGGGGGGGGGGGGGGGGGGGGGGGGGGGGGGGGGGGGGGGGGGGGGGGGGGGGGGGGGGGGGGGGGGGGGGGGGGGGGGGGGGGGGGGGGGGGGGGGGGGGGGGGGGGGGGGGGGGGGGGGGGGGGGGGGGGGGGGGGGGGGGGGGGGGGGGGGGGGGGGGGGGGGGGGGGGGGGGGGGGGGGGGGGGGGGCGGUGGGGGGGGAGGGUGUGGAGGCGGGAUGGUGGGGGUGGAGAGAGGGGGGUGGGAGAGGGCUUGGUCGUAGGGGGUUGGGGGGGUGGGUAGGGGGGUGGUGGGGCCCGGGAGGUGGGGGGCGGGGUGGUUGGGGGGGGAAGGGCAGGGGGGGGAAUCACAGUAGGGUGGAGGCGGGGGGAGGUGGGGGUGAGGGGCUGGUGAUUGCAUUCAUUAAAUUGAUGAACCUCAAAUAG